AUGAAACCAUUUAUACCUUCAAUUGGAACCCAGAAUAUUCCAACAGAUAAAAUUGAUUCCUAUAUCUCAUAUAUGGUAUUUACAGCCUGAGUAUUUAGUCCCAAAUGUAUAAUGUUCAAUAAUAUAUGUUGAUUCAGGCCUAAAAUUAGAUUAUGCAAGCUUAAUUAUUAAAAUUAUAGACUGUGAGUUAGAACUAGAAUUAGACUAUUCAAUAAAAAAUAUUAAAGUUAUUAGAGUAAAUUUAGCAGAAGGGUUCUCAGAUAUCAAUCAAAGACUCCCUUUAAUAGAUGAAAAUGCCCAUUUUAGUCAAAUACAUUGCUAAUCUAAUGAUUUAUUUAAUGAAAUAAAGUGUUUCUGAUUCUGAUGAACUAAUACUGAAUUAUAUAAGAGAUCCAACUUCAAUAGUAAUCGACAAGUAACAAUGGACACUGAUUUGUGAUAUUGUCAGUAAGAAACUAGUUUACUUGGGGACUAAAGAUAUUUAAUGUACAAAUGGUAACUAUUUAAAUAACUUUAGAUUCCUAGAUUGCAAUAAUUAGUUAAUCACUUCUAUUUAGCAACAUCAUCAGUGAAGUCAUAUUUAAAAAAUUGCAUAUAACCUAAGAUAGUACUCAAUAAAUAGUCUUAAAAACUCUGAAUGAUUUAUUGUCAGAUGAUAAUAGGUCUGCUGAAUUUCUAUAUCAAUUUCUUUGUUAACCGGAAUAAUAAAUACUUACUUUGGAGUAGUGCUAAUAAUCAUUGACAAAGAUGUUUUCUAAAAUGGGCCAAUAUUUUCAUCAAUCAAAUCUAAUAGAAUAAAUAAUUGAGAAUUAAAAGUAAUUUAAUACGAACGGUAAUUUUGAAUGUCAUGCAGAAAAAGUAUUAUUUAAUUAUAUAUAAAAGUAUUUAAAAAUUAUUCGGAUCUAUUAAAAUAAUGAUUAGAAACAAAUAAGUGAAUAGUUAAUCAAAGGAUUAUUUGGUGAAUAGACAUAAAUUGAUUGCAAAGAAUUCAUCUUUAAUUCAACUAGACUUGAUGAUAAAUUAAAAUCUUUUUUAUUUAUGUUUGUUGAAUUAGUGAGAAUUGAGAAUUAAAUCAUUUAAAUUGUAAUAGAAAAUAAAAUGUAUUACUGUCUUUUGAUUUUAGUUCUGAAGAACCCCAAAGAAAUCCCUUGGAAUAUUAUGCUAAGUUAAUAGAAAAGAUCAAAAACAAAUGCAAGAGCAAGGAGGAUGAAUUUUGUAAUUGUAAAAGAUGCCAAUGUGUUAAGAGAAAUAGAGAUAGUGCAAGAGAGGCACAAAAGAGAAAAAGAGAGGCUUUAGAGAAGAUAGGUCCCUUAUAAAAGGAAUAUGAAAAGAUUGAGAAGAAAGUACUAUAAGAUCUUAAAUUAGGUGUCAAAUUUGGAAUUCUCAAAUUCUAAAUUAAAAUCCGUAUUAUUUCAAGCAUUAAAAAAUCCUGUUAUUGAAAAUAUAAUAAAAUAAGACUAUUCAGAUACUUUGUUAAAUUUGAAUCUGACCAACUACUAAUCUCAAGAGAGUCAAUAAUAAUAAAGUUAACCAUCCAAUCAGAUUGAAUAAGAAUAAUCUUUAUGA